AUGGAUAAUGAGCUGCCAAAGGUAUCAAAGCAGUCCAAUACCCCAGACACAGAAGAGCACAAUGGAAUUACAUGGCAAACUGGCAAUGAAUCGGCUGAAAAUUUCCGUCGGGUGGUUGGUCAAUUUACCCAUGGGAAUCGCGGCCACACAAGCCAAGUUCUACAGCCCUCUGUUGACCAGCCCACCGGAUCUGUAGCUACAGAGGUGGCUACUUCUGUUGCUACCUCUCUUGCUAGCCCAGGGUCCUACACGUUGCCUCCAAUCGCCAUCAAGGCUGAAAAUCAAGACUUUCCCCCAACAAACGCAAAAAAGAGAGCAGCCAAGUCCUCAUCCCUCCCACGAAAACAACGCCGGAUUUCGUACUCCGCCUCUCAAAAACCAGGACGUUCACAGCUGAUGCAUCGGAAGAGUCCCCCAAGCCUUACAAUAGUUAGUACUGAAAUGCUCAACGACACAAUUCAAUACCUACAAACGCUAUCCGAUCGCAUCUUGAUUUUCGACACCAUUUCAUCCAGGGAGUGGGCCACUAUGCAUCUCGCCACACGGAUGCUACAGAGCAGAUACGAAGAGAUCAUCGCGAGGAAAGAGGUGGAAACUGACGCUGUCUCCGAUCUUGAUCCCGCACCAACACAGCCAGGAGAGAAGUGCCGGCAAUGUGCUGCUGUAGAUGAGGAGCGGCUAUAUGAUUGA